CUACUUCCACUUUGCUCCAUGUUGCACCUGCUGUAUUCCUGCUGUAUUAUAUUGCUUCUUCUUCUGCUUUUUCUGCUUCUGCUUCUGUUUCUUCUGCUUCUUUCUCUUCCUCACCUUCUCUCCUCUACUGUCUCUGCUCUGUGCUUCUUGCAAUUCCCGUAAAGCUUCAUCAGAAAGGCUUGAACUUCAAUUGCCCAGCUCGAUUUUUUUUCCAUCCUUUUUUUUACUUGGGCGCUUAAGUUAACAUCAGAAAAGUCAUACAACUUCGUUCUAUUGUAGUUUUUGAUCACCAAAAAUUCUACUGUUCCUCACCACCACUCUAUUUAUUCACCUAUUCAUCUGUUGUUGGCCUACUUAUUGUUUCUUUCUAUUUAUUUACCUGACUGCCUUUUUAUUCCAAUCUCGUUGUCUUACUUGUUGCAGUUUUCCUACAGUUUCUGACUUUAUCCUCCCUCUGUCACCUCUACUCUCUCCAAUUUAUCCUCACCUUUCGCAAUGAAUUUGGACACUUCUGCUCACACUCCCAACAUCGUCAAUGGUAAUCUAAUAACCCCUUCAUUAAAUCAAUCUCAAAAUCAACCUCAAAACAAUCUACAGACUAAUCUUCAAAAUAAUCUUCAAAAUAAUCUUCAAAAUAAUCUUCAAAAUAACCUGACUAUUAUCCAGGCUAGCAUUCAAAACCAGCUUCAAAAUAAUAUUCAAAAUAAUAUUCAAAAUAAUAUUCAAAAUAAUAUUCAAAAUAAUAUUCAAAACAUCCAAAAUAUCCAAAAUAUCCAAAAAAAUCUAAGCAGCAUGAACACUCCUGCUAAUAUAUCUUCUGCUCCAACCCCAAACCCGUCAAACAUAAAUACCUCUACUAUUAAUCCCAACCUUACUCCUAACAUAAAUUCUAAUAACAACUUGAAUAAUUUAAAUAAUCUAAAUAACCUAAACAAUUUGAAUAACAUAAGCAACUUGAACAACUUGAACAAUAAUCACAAUUUCAAUAUUCAUCAAUUUCAACCAAUGAACUCUCAGCAAAUUAUGAAUACUCAACUUAACCAAAUCAAUCCUUUAAAUCAACUAAACCAAUUAAGCCAAUUGAAUCAUUUAAAUCAAUUAAAUCAUUUAAACCAUUUAAAUCAAUUUAACCAAUCGAACAAUCCAAAUAAUAAUCCAAAUAACAAUAAUAACAAUAACAAUAACAAUAACAAUAACAAUAAUAAUAACAAUAACAAUAAUAUUAACGCCAACGCUAACACUAACACUAAUUCCAAUAAUAAUAAUAAUACUCCUAACAACAAUACUAAUAAUUCUAUCAACUCUAAUACAACUAAUUCUAAUAAUAACAACACUAACCCUAACCCCAACCCUAAUCCUAAUCCAAAUAACCUUGUUCUUAAUAACCCUCUCGCUAAUUCAAUCAAUAACUCAAGUAACAUAAGUAUUAACAACUCUCUUCAAAAUACCCCCAAUAUCCAACAACAACAACAGUUGCAGUUACAAUUACAAUUGCAACAAAAACAACAGCAACAACAACAACACCAAAGAUUUCAAUUAUCUCAAUCUCAACAACAAAACAGUCAAAAUAACCAAAACAAUACAAAUAAUCAAAAUAGUCAAAAUAACCAAAAUAAUCAAAAUAUCCAGAAUAAUCAAAAUAACCAAAAUAACCAAAAUAUUCUAAUUAAUCAAAAUAAUAAUAUAAACAUGGACCAAAUCCUACAAGCUCAAUUACGAUUUCAAUUGCAACCUCAACUUCAACUUCAGCUUCAGCAUCAAUCUCAGCAACAACUCCAGCAGCUCCCUCAGCAGCUUCAUCAACAACCUCAACCUCAACCUCAACCUCAACCUCAACAAACUCCAUUACUUCCAUCACAAAGUCUUAGCCAACCUCAACUCCAGCAGCAGCAACAACAAAUCCAACAACAACAGCAGCAAUCUCAACCCCAACCCCAACCCCGACCUCAACCUCAGAUUCAGCCUCAGCCACAAUCUCAACAACAAAUUCAACUUCAAAAUCAACAACUUCAACCUCAUCCUCCAGCUCAAUCUCAACUACAAAUUCAAUUACAAACUCAACCUCAACCUCAAGUUCAACCUCAGCCUCAAGUUCAGCCUCAAGUUCAACCUCAACCUCAACCUCAAGUUCAACCUCAACCUCAAGUUCAAUCUCAAUCUCAAUCUCAACCCCAACCUCAAAACCAAGCUCAGGUUCAUGUUCAGGCUCAGGCUCAGGCUCAGGCUCAACUUUUUCGACAAAGUCAGUUUCAAAUACAACAAUUUCAACGACAACAGCAACAACAGCAACAGCAACAACAGCAACAACAGCAGCAACAGCAGCAACAGCAACAACAGCAGCAACAGCAGCAGCAACAACAACAACAAAACCCUCAAUUGCACACUCAACCCCUUCAACGUCAACAAUUUUAUCAACUUACUUCAGCUCAAUCUCUGAAAUUGCAAAAAUUACAACAAUUCCAAAAAAUGCAGCAAAUAAAUAAUUUUAAUCAAAUCCAACUAAAUCCACUUAGCUUAUCCUCGCUUAAACUACAAAACUCACAACAACUCCAACAAUUUCAACAAUUCCAGCAGUUUCAACCUCUCCAACAAUUUCAACAAUUUCAACAAUUUCAGCAACCUCAAUUUCAAUUUCCAAAUCAAUCACAACUAUUAAAUCCACAACAACACCAACAGCAACAACAUGCUCUUAUUCAAAAUCAAAAAGCAAAGUUAUCAAGACAACAACAACAACAAAAACAGCAGCAAUCUGAAGAAAUUCGUAUUCAAAUUCAAAACCAAUUACAAAAUACUUCAGUCCAGAUGGUUCAAAAAGAAACACAAGAAGUAUUUAAGCAAUCUGCAGAUCCUAAUAUCUUAGCCCAGUAUAAAGCUCAGCGCUUAAAAUCUUUACAACAAAAUAGUACAGCAAAUUUAAAUAAUAAAUUACCCAAUAAAAAUAUUAUAAAUAAGGAUUCUGAUAAUUCCAACAAAUUUGAUAGUAAAUCAGUUGACAAUAAACAGAACAAUGGCAAAACUAAUGCUGAUAAUACAAAAAUUGAUAAUAAAAAUAAUGAUAGUCCUACCAGUGACACGAAAGAAAAAGAAAAAGAAAAAGAUAAAAAUCAAAAUCAAGAGAUUGAAAGAAUUUCUAAUGAAAAUAAUUUAUCUAGUACUACUCAAAAUACUACAGGAACUCAAAACGAUUUUUUAAAAAAAAAUGGAAAAUUCAAUCCAUUGCUUGGUAAUAAUGAGCCAGUUCCUAAAUCUUUCAAUAAAGCUAAUGGCAAUUCACCUGAAAAAAAUUCUGCCAAUGGAUCCAUUAGUCCCAAAGACACGACAAAUAGGUUAUUAAAAAAACCUAGCAAAUCUAGAAUUUACAAAAAAAAACCAGACUUGAAGGAUAAACAAAAAGUUAAAAACGAAUCUGAAAAUUUAUUAGAGUCUCAAACUCAAAGCAUUUCUAAUAUCAUACCCUCCCAAGAAUCUAUGAAAACAGCUGGUCAAUCUGAACAACUAGAAAAUCAACAACAACUGGUCCAAAAUCAGCAACAUUAUAUAUAUCUUCCUGGAGAACAGCAACAAUUAGAAAUAUUGAGACAUCAAGAGCCAAAACCAGUAACCCAAUCAAAUAUUCAAUUUGAAAAAACCCAAACAAAUACUUCAAAUAACGAACAAAAUAAUUCUACUCAAAACCAAAAUAAUCAUAUAACGGGAACACCAGCAGAUUUAAAUUCCUAUGUUUAUGAUUUUCUCAUGAAAAAUGGUUUGAACACCACAGCUAGAACAUUUGUUGAGGAACUUCAAACUAAUCAAAAUAAACACAAUAAAAGACUUAGACCAAAUAUACCAUGCCCACCAGUUGAUCCUGAAAAUUUAGCUUUGGCAAAUAUAAAUGAAAAUAUUCCUUCAAACUUUUUGAGUGAAUGGUGGAAUAUUUUUUGUAAUAUCCACAAAGCCAAAAAUGGACAUAUUAAUUUGCCAACCCCUGAUGGUUCUUUAGACAACUUGGUCCACGAGUUUUAUGUAAUGGAAAAUGCAAGACAGAGAUAUAAAAUUCAGAAUUUGCAAGGUAUACCUCAUGAUAUUUCAUUGGGAAUGAUGCUUAAUCAAACACAACAAUCAGCUCCUAAUGUCUCAGGCUCUGAUGGUGCUACUAUAAAUAACAAUGCUAACGGUAAUAUUGAUAAUAAUUCUAAUAGUAUUAAUAACACUAUGAAUAAUCCCGUAAAUGAGGCAAUAAAUAACCCUAUGAAUAAUAACAUAAAUAGUAACAUCAAUAACAUCAACAUUAAUAACAGAAAUAAUAGCAAUAGUAACAAUUAUGAGUUUGGAAGUCAGUCCUAUAAUAACCUAAUAAAUAAUUCUAUCUCUAGCCAAUCCUAUCAUAAUCAAGCCAAAAGUUUGUCUUUUCAACAGCCGAUUAUUGACCAAACAAUGCCCCCAAACACUCAGAUCCCUCCUCAAUUACCAACUCAUAUAAUAAAUAAUCCCAAGAUGCCGCCUCAAAACCAAGUAUUAAUGCAAAAUUCUUUCAAUGAAUCUAUACAGCAACCUAGCAUGCCCAAUGUUGGUAAUGAUUUUAGUUCAUUGAAUAUUCCUCCUGUUGUAAAUAAUUCCAGCAGUUAUUUCUACCAUCCUCAAUCGAUUCCUCUUAAUGGUCAAAAUUUGGAACCUCAAAAUCCGAUUGAUAAUCCACCUUUACUAAACUUUGAAAACAGUGAUAAUAUUAAUCCUUUUCCUAUCAUAUCAAAUCAUGAGAACGUGAUAAACCAAACAAACGGACAUAGGAUUUUUGAAAACAAAAACAAAACUAGUGAAGAUGACGCCAGUUUAUCUGCUUCAUUUGAGAACAAUAAUUUAAAUCAAAAGCCUGAUAAGGAAAUAAUUAGAAAUGAUGAAAGUAUGGAUUUUGUUGGUCAAUUUAGAGACCAACUUGAUCAAUUAAGACAACAUAGAAAUUCGAAUAAUGCCAACGGCCCAAAUCUCAAUUCUUAUAUUGGAGGAUCGCCACAUUACAAAAAGGGUAAUGAAAAAGAAACUAAAGAUGAUGAUCCCCCUAAAAAAAUUGUGAAUUCUCGUGCAAAAUCUACAAAGCCUUCACCAAAGUCUAUCCAAGAAGGUGUUAACAAAAGCAAGAAAAAACCAGUCAGAAGAAAAAGAAAGAGUCCUGUGGCUGGAGCAGUAACCAAAAAUAAUAAUAAAAAUAAAAUUCCUAAAGGUACCGGUAUUAAAAAGGAAAAUAAAACUGCUAAUGAAAAAUUUAAGGAGACUCCUGCAAGUGGUAGUAAUAAAUUGGAAACUCCGACACCCCCAACACCCUCAACUCCAUUACCUCCAGUUAAUAUUUUAACUAGAGAUAACAAUUUAAAAAGGCCAUUUUUUAGUGAAACUUCUACUCAAUCAUCUGUUGAACCAGCAACUAAAAAAAGAGACACAUUGGUAAAAGAUUUGAAUAAUUUAACAAAAGAAAGUGCGAAUCAAGAAAUGCUAUCUUCUAAUGAUUUUUUCGAUGGUGUUGAGUCCAAUGUAAAGAAAGCACAAAAUGAUGCUACAAUUGAUUCAAAUAUUAUAAAUGAAAACAAUAGUACAAGUAAUAUAGGCAUCAGUGAAAACAUAAGUGAAAAUACAAACACAAACACAAAUACUAAUACAAAUACAAACGCAAAUACAAACGCAAAUACAAAUACAAAUACAAACACAAACACAAACUUAAGCACAGAAAGCUCUGGUCUUACUACUGAUAGUACUAUUUCUUCUAACAACAGCUUUUCUAGUAAAAAAAAUUCUACUAACCCAAUUUCUCUGGGCGAAGAUAUUGAUUCGAAAAUUAACACAAUUGAAGAAUAUAAUAAAAUAAGUGGUGAAAAUACUGUUGAUAAUAACAAAGAUGUUAAUAAAGAGAAUAAUAAAUUGACAGCAGAAUUGCUGAAGAGCCAAGACAAUAACUUCGAUAUGAAGUUGAUGGAAGAAAAUCUGAAUAUGAAAAAUAACGGAAUAAAUUUUGAUGAUCAAAACUACAAUUUCAAUUUUUUAAAUUUGGGAUUUGAUGAUAUAUUUGAUGAUGGUGAUGAACCUUUGUUUUUACAUCAUUAGGUUUCCGUUCUUAUAUAUUUUUCAAUCAUGUUUUUUCUUAAUAACUAUAUUUUACUGAAACCCGAUU